AGCGGUGCUUCGCAGGCUGCUCGCGCAGCCGAGCUCGAAGCAGGACGAGUGGCUAGCGCGGGUGCGCCCCGACCUCGCUGCCCCCUGGCGCGCGGACCUGGCGAAGAAGGCGGCGCGCCCACAGGAGCGCUCGCGCUCUGGCCAGCGCGAGGCAGCCGAGGGCGAGAGCGCGCAGCACUGCGACCAGGCGCCGCGGCCGCGCGAGGCGGCCGCGACGAGGCCUGCCGAGGGCGGCGGCACUCCGACUGACAGCCGGGCGCAGCACGCAGUCGUCGAGCCCAAGGCCGGCGACGAGAACGCCCUACACGAGCUUGCCAGCCGGGCGCCGCCGCAGCUCCACAGGAUGCCCGACCAGGGGCAGUUCAGACUCUGCUCCCUACACGCCCUCUCCACGACUGUGUCGUCGUGCGUGGCGGCGAAGUUCGACCUCUUCUGGGACGCCACCAGGGUGCACUUCCAAGCCCUGGACAAAGUUGACCUCGACGCAGCGUGGCCCGACGCAGUAAUGCGCUCGAUAGUGCCGCUGCGGCUUCAGACAGCAGACCGACUCUUCGAGAUCGGCUUCGACGUCCGCAUGACGACGGACUUCCACAGGGCGGGGUGGGCGGUCCAGAAGGCAGCUGGGUGGAACCCGGUCGUCGUGGUGGCGAAGCAGGGGCCGCCUCCCGCAGACGGGGGGAACUACCCGACGCACGCGUUGUCGGCCGUGCGUUGGGAUACCUCCACGAGCACGAUUCGGUGCUGGGACUCCUGGGGGGCGGAG